AGUUCGGAGGCUGCGUACCCCGUGAUAUUCAAAUACCUACGAGAUAUAGAUGAUUUGCUUAUACGGAAAACUAGCCAUCUGGAUGCUAAGAAGUCGCGCUGGUCCUCCGAAGCAACCGGCAAGGCGUCUACUGGGAUUUGCAUGCGUCAGUUCCUGCGAUUGACGUUGCCUGGCAUCGCUGCAACCUGUUCCUUCCGUCAGCGUAAUCGAUGCGCUGUUAUUGAGCGCUUUCUCCAAAUCCUUGCUGACUUUUAUGCAGGAGACAAUGAGGAGCAGAAUUUGGAAGCAACAGAAGAAAAUAGUACAGAACUGUCUUCAUUGCCGCCAGUUGUAUCACCACAGGAAUGGCAGUUUUUGUUGCCACAACGGGUAGCGGCUCCCUGCCUUGGUAGCCUGUCAAUGAGUUACGCCCUUGAUUACCAACGCAAAAUGCAGGGUCUCCUACCACCUCUUGUGCUGUCUGCUCUCCGUGCACGGUUUUCCGACGCUGCGGCAUCCGUCUGUCAGUCUGUCGCCGUCUACCUGGCAGAUUCUGCACACGUUAGUAGCGUAGGCAGAAAACAAGUACCCACCGACUGUCCUGACGCAACCGGACACCCCGAGUUGCGUCCAGGCCUUUUCCUUGGCCUAUCAGACCAUCACUCAGAACUCCUUGCCCGCGUACUUCCCUCCCAGGGCAGAGUGCAGACGAAAUGGACUCUCUUCAUUGAUCAUAUCAAAAAGUUACUUCGCCUCGUAUUUCACACGGAGAGUGCGCACUGUACUGUGGCUAAACAGGACGAGACCCGUAGCGGUCGCAAGAUGGUUCUGGAUCCAUGCUGCAGGUUCACACAAUCGCAAAUGAAGUUGACACUUUUAGUACACUAA